ACGUCAAUAUCAAACAAAAUGUUUGAAGUAAGAUGAUCAAUUAAUACAUUUUAAUAAAUUUUGAGGUGAUUAUAUUGUAAAUUAUCCUCAAGUAAUGUAUAUUGUAGUUGCCUUUCUGUGAUUAAUCCAAGUGAUUUGUCUUUCACAAUGAAUCUUCACAGUAUUUAACGUUUUGAUCACAUCAGGUGAUUCAUCUGCAUUGCUACAAGUACAAAUCAUACGUGCAGUAUGCUGGACUGGGCUUAUGUUGGUGUGAACAUAACUGUCAAAGGCAAUGGAGGACCAGACUGUGCUGCAUUUCUAACGAUGACAAAGCGUAUUUUCGAGACUGUCUUUGUUUUGAUGUUGACUGCUCCACUUAUGAAAUGGGGCCUUAAAAACCUCACAUCGGUACCAGCAAUAACUGACGUCCCCAAAGAACCUCCGGGCAAAAGAUUUUUAUUGGUGCUCAUGACCUUAAUAUUUGGAAUAGAAAUAGGAUUUAAAUUUUCAUCUAAAACUGUGAUAUUCCUGCUAAACCCUUGUCAUGUGACAACUGCUUUACAGAUUUAUUUACUUGCUGCUCCGCCUAGUAAACAAGUAGCUGCUGUGUUUCGUUUUCACCUCAACUGCAUGAAUGGCGCUGUCUUAGCUCUUGGAUUUCCUGAGCUUGAUGCUCUUAAUCUGCCAUUUGAGACAUGGAUUUAUUGGAUUCAACAUACAAUGAUGUUGAUAAUUCCGAUAUAUUUGUUACAACUGGGAGGUGUUUAUGAAGUUGAAAGAUGGAGUGACAUGAGCUGGGCCGUCAUCUCCUAUGUGAUUCUGUUGAUCUAUCACUUUAUCCUGCUGCAAGCCCUGGCUAUCCCAGCGCAGGUGAAUCUCAACCACAUGUUGUGCCCGGCAGUAAAGGACCCGUUCUCUGGUCCGUUCUACAGAAUGUACGCCAUCGUUCAUCAAGCCUUCCUCUGCCCCCUCCUCAGCAAGUCCAUACCUGCCCUCAUCUACUGGGUGGCCCCAGUCAAGCAUCACCUUUCGUGAAUCUCAUCAGAUCUUUACGACUUUCGCUUUUUAUGAAAUAAUUUUAAUAGUUAAAUCAGGAAUAGCACUUGAGAUUUAAAUAUGUUUUAACAAAAUAUGUUUUAACAGCCUUGCAAUUCUUUUGGAAUUUUUAUAAGUAGUUUGCUAGUCUAGACUGCCUUUUUAGAGUAAGUGAAAUGAGAAUCAGAAUAAAAUAUCAG